AUGUUUAUAUAUUUUACUUAUACUCUUAAUAGGAUUGGAACGCUUUCAUCGGCGCCGCUUCAGAACAAAACACGAGAAAAAAAAGCAGCUCGGAAAAGAGCAGUGAAGUCGACGUCGCGGAUAAAGAAAAUGCCAACGCUUACUCAAGCUUCACUUACUACCCAAGUGACUGAGUGGGAAAAUCAGGGAGAGGGAUCCCCGGAAGCCAAGCUCAAAAGGCUGUUCAAAGCGAAGAAAACUAUCCACAAACUAAUAGGGGCCCCUCUUCCUUUCAGUUCCUUGGGCCAAGAAUCAGGACUGAAGGAUAUGAAUACUCAGUUCAAUACUGCUGGCAACAGUCAACUUCCUUUUAGUCCUCGCCCUUUGUUCCACUUCUCUCCGAUCAACAUGAAACCUAAGCCAACAAUUUCCUUCAUUCAAAAAAUAGUCACACAAGAGAACUGCCUUUUCAUUGGGGACAAAAAUGGACGAGGAAGUCUGGAGGAAAAUUAUCAAAUGGAGAGGGAGCCACCAAUCUUCACCAAUAGUCAAGAUACCGCUUCAUUCGAGUGGAUUCAGAGAAUCUGGCCAGGAUUCGUUCUGGAACUUUCAAUCCCUGUGAUCGCCGAAGCGGAACUUCUACUCCGGACCAAUACAUCCAAGAUCGAUGAAGUGGAAGGAAAAAUACAAGCAAGUGGAGGAUAUGCUAGUGACAAGGCAAUGGUUGUUGUAAGAGAGAGAAUCGAUGAUGCCGAAACUCAAAGGACAGGCAGUUAG